CGAAGAAGAUAAAGAGGCAAUGCAAGUUGACCAUGAAGAAAUACCGACGUUUGUGUGCCCUUCUGAUUAUCUCAAUGAUUAUCUUGUGUGUGAUGCAUUAUUCAGGAGAUCUGCAUUUUCUUUAUAAGAUGUUCUUUAUUCCAAGACAUUGGAUCACAAGCGAUACAGAUGAAGAUGGAAAGACACACAGUGUGAGCCUUGGAACAUUUAACCCAUCCACUUACCUUCAGCCACCAUCAGUAUCAGAUCAGAAGGAUCCAUUCCUGAACCAUGCAUUCAACAUCCUCAAAAGUGAUGAUAUACCGUUUGACCGCCCGCUACCAGACAGUAGGAAUAAAAGGUGCAAGCCAAGGCCAUUUACAGACCUCCCAGCCACAUCUGUGAUUAUUGCUUAUUACAAUGAAGCAAGGUCAACUUUGCUGAGAACUGUUGUGAGUGUUUUGAGGAGAACACCACCAGAACUGAUCAAAGAGAUACUGCUGAUUGAUGACUUUAGUGAUGAUGCUGAAGUUGGUCGUUUACUUCCUGAGAUACCAAAAGUUCAAGUUUACAGGAACAAAAAACGAGAAGGCCUGAUCAGAUCACGAGUACGAGGUGCCAACUUAGCUGGGAGUGAUGUAUUGACCUUCUUGGACAGUCAUUGUGAGGUCAACAUUGGAUGGUUGGAACCCCUUCUAUUCCGGAUAGCAGAGUCACCAAAGGCUGUGGUGUGUCCUGUUCUGGAUGUGAUCAACACUUCCACAUUUGACUACGUUGCAGCCCCACACACACCUGUGGUUGUUGGAGGGUUUGAUUGGGGAUUGAACUUUAAAUGGGAACCUCCUCCUCAGUCGAUGGUGUUUAGACCAGAAGAUCCGCGCAGAACAGCUGUGAUGGCAGGAGGAGUUUUCAGUAUCAGCAGAGCCUGGUUUAACAAACUGGGAAAGUACGACACUGGAAUGAAUAUAUGGGGUGGAGAAAACUUUGAAUUGUCAUUCAAAGUCUGGAUGUGUGGAGGUCAGAUUGAAAUCGUGCCAUGCAGUCGCGUUGGUCAUGUGUUCAGGAAAAGACAUCCAUACGAAUUCCCUGAUGGUGAUACAAACACUGUUAUCAGAAACAAUCGCAGGGUGGCAGAGGUAUGGAUGGAUGAAUACAAAAAAUAUUUCUACAAAAAGAAGCCUUCAGCUAGAAUGAAGCCAUUUGGGAGGAUUUCUAAUAGGAAGAAGCUAAGAAAUCAAUUAGAGUGUCGUUCAUUUGGCUGGUACAUCAACAAUGUAUAUCCCGCACUAAAGCCACCGGUCAGUGAUGAGGUGAUGUUUGGCCGUCUUAAGCAAGGAGACCUAUGUCUCGAUGUAGACUCUGGUCAUGUACCUAUCAUCACUAUCCUGCGUCCCUGUGAUAUUGAUCGGCCAAGUCAGGAAUGGUCAUGGAAGAAAAGAGGUGACAUCACAAAUAACGGCCUUUGUCUGACAGCCCACCUGGAGACCACCCAUAACUAUGUUCUAGCUAAAUUCUGCAGCCAGGACGAGUCACAAAUUUGGGUGGCACAUCAAUCCCAGAUUGUCCACAAUCUCACUGGUCAGUGUAUAGAUGCUUAUAAGGCUGACAUAGGUCUGGUUCUAGCAGAGUGUGAUCAGAAGAACGGUCAGCAGAAAUGGACACUGCCGGUCAAAGAUCAUUUACACAGUAGAGAUUUGUAAUAUGGACACAAGAUGGACAACUUAACUGUGAUCUAUAGCUGGUUUCUUUAUCAGAUGGCACAUGUCUGUUUAGUACAUAAUGUAUGUAUAUGUCUUGCCUCUGUAGUUGAGUACUAGUGUUUCUAUGUUGAGAUACAGAUUGUUUUCGGUCAGUUUAAACUUUAAGAUUUCACUAAAAUUAAAAGCAAAAAGAUGAAUUUGUUUGGAAAACAUUAAACAGACAAUAUCGUUCUCUUUUAAUUGAAUUCUUGACAUAUCAUUUAGAUUUUUUUCUGUGUGUUCUAAGAAACAAAUGGAGAAUAUGAGCCUUUGCAAACGUUAACAAAGUGCAAUGUCAGUAAACAGAAGGAAAUCUAGCAUAGAAAAUUUCAUGAUUUUCAAAGACUUGUAAAGCAUAUGUGUCAUUUUUGUUUGAUGUCGGUAAUAUUUUUAAGUAUGUAAUUGUGUUUUUGGUAUAUCUUAUGAAUUAUGAAAAAAUUGUCAGUGGGGUCAGUAAUUGGAACAAUUUACAGUUGGUAUACACACCUUUUCAAAGAGAGAUUACAAUGUACUUUGUACAAUCUAUGUGAUUGAUUUCAAAGUAUAAUAUUAUGAUCUACUUUCAUUUUCAAGUUGUGUUAUUUUUUUAAUUCUUACUACAUUGUGUCUGUAAUUGUUUGAUAGAUA